GGGAGGAGGAUCGCUGGGUGAAGGCAGCAGGGAAAGCGAGAGUGUGAAAAUACCAUACAAGUGUGAGGAAAUACAACAUUCAUCAUGGCAUCGGGGGACACCCUGUACAUAGAGACGGACGGGUCAGAAAUGCCAGCCGAAAUAGUCGAACUGCACGAAAUCGAAGUAGAGACAAUCGAGACAACAGUUGUUGGAGACGACGGUGAACACCAGCCUAUGAUCGCCUUACAGCCUCUUGACACGGAUGAUCCAAACUCGAUUCACCCGCACCAAGAGGUGAUUCUGGUGCAAACAAGAGAAGAAGUGGUGGGUGAGGAUGACUCCGAACUGCACACGGAUGACGGUUUUGAGGACCAAAUCCUCAUCCCAGUGCCCGCCGUGGAGGAGGACUUUAUCGAACAGACUCUCGUUACUGUUGCCGGGAAAAGCUCCUCGACAGGCCGGAUGAAGAAGGCUGGAAGCGGAAAGAAAGCGGGCAAAAAGAGCUAUAUGAGCGGAGGAGAAAUGGGCCGAAAAUGGGAGCAGAAGCAGGUCCAGAUAAAGACUUUGGAGGGGGAGUUUUCAGUUACUAUGUGGGCAUCGGAUGACAAGAAGGACAUAGACCACGAGGAGCAAAUCACGGGUGAAAACUCUCCUCCAGAUUAUUCAGAAUACAUGACAGGGAAGAAGCUUCCUCCUGGAGGCAUCCCAGGCAUUGACCUGUCAGACCCCAAACAGCUGGCAGAGUUUGCACGAAUGAAGCCAAGAAAAGUAAAAGAAGAUGAUGCACCCAGGACGAUAGCUUGUCCACACAAAGGAUGUACCAAGAUGUUCAGGGACAACUCAGCGAUGAGGAAGCACUUGCAUACCCACGGACCUCGUGUGCACGUCUGUGCAGAGUGUGGCAAAGCCUUCGUUGAGAGUUCAAAACUGAAGAGGCAUCAACUCGUACACACAGGAGAGAAACCUUUCCAGUGCACUUUUGAGGGCUGUGGCAAACGAUUCUCUCUGGACUUUAACUUACGCACACAUGUGCGUAUUCACACUGGAGACCGCCCAUAUGUGUGUCCCUUUGAUGGCUGCAACAAAAAAUUUGCCCAGUCAACUAACCUGAAGUCUCACAUCCUCACACACGCCAAAGCCAAAAACAACCAGUGAAUCAGCCCUGAACCCAGCCAAUGACAACGGUGUGACCAUACACUGGAGGACUUGACCCGCAUCUCCGCUCCUUGACAAACUAAUGUCCCGUGGCCUGCUUUGUUGUGAGAAAAGAAGUCCCCUUUGUAUCAUCGCUAGAUAAAAGGUUUAAUCAGAGAAGUGACUUUUUCCUCAAACUUUUUGAUAUUCGUAUGGAGGUCUGACCCAGGAACUUGUGAGAACCCUGACCCCCUCAGGCAUCCUACCCUACUUUGGCGCUACCUGGAUGGAACAAUUUACAGUUUCUUCUUGUGAAGAUGUUAAUUCAUGGAUCUGCACCUAAAAACUUAUUUAUACCUUAACACAACCGGUUACAAAGUUUUUGCAAUAGACAAAUUUGCAUUGAUUCUCAGCAAUGACACCUUUUCAAUUUUGUACUCUCCACUCCCACCCCCCCAAGUGUGCAUAUUGUACACUGUUUGUCAUAAGCUCUGUGGUAAGGUACGUAGUCAGAUUGUCCCUGUAGCUCUUCAUGGAAGAGGUUUCACAGUUUGUUUUGCCUCCCCAUUUGCCCUUCAUGUGAGUGUGUUUCGAGGGGGGAUUGGGGGGGUCUUUGCAUAUUUUCAUUUUGUACAAGGCAAUAUCAGAACAAUGUACAUAAUAGCAAUGUGAUUUUCAAUAGUGUUCACUGAUUAAAAUGUUUUCCCCCUUGCACUACCAAUACAAAAGUUGUCAUUUGUCC